GCUUCUAGAGCUUCAGGUACGUUGAUCCACUUGACUGAUGUCAACAUACGCCAGCCAGCCUCGGGUGCCUGGAUACAACGUUUUCGAACUCGAGGAGGCACAACACGACAUGCGCUGUUCGCUCAAAUGAUGCUGUUGAUAACAACGUCGCUAUGACAUCAGAUGGCUCAGGCGAUGGGCCUUCAAUUACAAGCCCAGGGCUAACCAGUCGCGAGGUUGGCCCUUAUGUUCUCAGGACUUUAUUGGACGAGGUACCACUUUCUGCAGACGGCUCCAAAGAUGAUAUCAAGAUCAACUGCGUAGACUAUCUAGAUGCGAAUCUGUACGUUGGCACAUCUGCCUCAGAGCUGCUUCACUUCGUACAAAUUCCACCAGACCCAAACGAUCGAUCCGGGCAACCCGUUUAUAUCCUCGCAUCUCGACUGUGUCCUCAAUAUGUCGAAACUCCAGGCACUCCGAACUCGCGACCCGGCGUUCAGCAAAUCCUCCUACUACCUCGUGUCGGCAAAGCAUGUAUUCUAUGCAAUUGGACCGUCACUUUCUAUUCCCUUCCCGAACUUAGCCCUGUUUUUGGAACAACUCUAGUCAAGAACUGUAGUUGGAUAGGUGGCAUUGAUCUGAAUGAGCCCUUGUUCGACGAUGGAAGUGCAGAGAGAGGCGGAGGUGUCACUAUCCUCCUCUCUCUUAUGCGAAAGAUCCAAGUCGUGCGUGUGGGCGAGGACGCGCGCGCUUUUAAGAAAAUCGACUUCUCUGGAAGCACCCUGUCAGUCCGUAGGGACUCAAUCGCUUGUGUGGCAGACUCUAAGUCGUAUGCGCUUAUCGAUGUGGAACAACAACUCAAGAUCCCCUUGAUGAGCAUUUCAUCCUUGGAAGAAACAACUUCGCCCAGUGAAAUUGGACAUGCUCAAAGCAUUGGAGCGGAUACAACAAGUGGGCUACUCCGAAGCUCCUCUUCGACCGGAAACCGCACAUCUAGCGAAGCCCCAAGCCAUAGUCGGAGCACAAGCUUGGGAGGUUCAAUAUUGGACAGUAUCCGUCGACAAGAUCAUCGUGGCAACGAAGGUGAAGAUUUCCUUGGUCGCAAUACCUCGCCGCAGCCAUCAAUAAGCCCCAGGCCAUCAAUGGAGAGAGCUUCAACACCAAAUCCUCCUUCGCUCGAUAAACCUCUCCCAGCUGCACCUUCGCCAUCAGGCACUCCUUCUCAGUCGACUGACCCUCGGCCAAGACCUGGCUCCGUUUUUCUCAAGCCUCACAUCACUUCUCCGACCCCUGACGAAUUCCUGAUUGUCACUGGAACUGACCCUUUGGAGCCGGGGAUCGGCAUGUUUGUAAAUCUGGAUGGCGAUCCUACGAGGCCUACUCUCGAGUUUACCAGAUACCCCAAAGAAGUCGUCGUAGAUAGCCCGCCUUUAGAUGCUAACUCAUCACAACCAUCGUCGAUGCAGGAAGAAGAUGGUUAUGUUCUAGCCUCGAUGACGAGAGAAAAGGAUGGCUUGGAAUAUGGACUAGAGAUCCAAAGAUUUGACGCGGGCUCAGACCCAAACCCACAGAAGUUCUGGUUGACAGCUAGAGAAGCUGAUGGGGUCUAUGGCAUUCGUUCGCUUGCUGGCAGCGAAGAAACGCGAUUUGAUGAAAUUGUUCAGAAAUUAUCGCAAAGGCGAUACACACCUUUCUCUGUUUCAAUAUCGCCUGGUACCCCUGAUCCUUCAUCUUCAGCCAAGACACCAGACUCGAGGACAGCGUUGUCAAUAGAACACCUCUCGAAAGAGAAAGAGCUCUUUGACAGAAACAUUGACUCACAGGACGAGGAAUCAUUGCCAGAAGAAUGGGAGGCAAAUCGCAAUGCAGAAGGCGAGGAAUUUGCUCGACAACUUGCCAAGGCUCAGGCAAGACUGGCAGUCUGGAGUGGAAGCCGCAUCUGGUGGGCUAUUCGCAAUCCUUUACUUAUACAACUUGACGCCGCCUUGGAAGCAGCUUGUGUCGGAGAUAUUUUUAACCCUGCCGAGCUGGACAGACAAGCGAUAUUCACCACUAUUAACUCUAUCAGGGGCCGGGAACCGCAAAGCGAGUUGGAAUUUAUGACUUAUGGAUAUAUACGGCAGAAAGCUGGCAUCUUGCUUUUGACGAACUUAUUAAAGUCUCCUGAAGACAAGCAGUUCACGGAAAAAGACGUGAAAGCUCUUGAAGAAGUGCUGAUCGAGAGUGGUCUUGACCCCAGAGUGGUUCUUUCGCUGAUUCCUAGCGUUCGAAACGAGAUAAUAGAAGGUUCACGCGGGAUCUGGAUAUAUGGCGGCGUGAGGAGAACCGCCGAUGCUUACCUCAGAAGCAGGGAGUUCCAGAUGACAUCAAAGGACAGUAUUGGAACACUGGAGCCGAGGACGAUGCACUUUCUUCGAAGAUUUCUUGGAACAUGGCGCAAGAAGAAAGGAUUCGGCAGUGUGGCCGACGAGAGAGAAGUGUUUCAUACAGUUGAUGCCGCGCUGCUGCUCGUGCUUCUCGAGAUUGAUCAACACUCACCCAAGGGGUUGGGCAAGGGAGGCGUUGUGAGAUCUGAGCUAUACGAGAUUGUGGAUAAGGGCGUCGACUGCUUUGACCGCGCAGUCGAUUUACUCGAAACAUACCAUCGACUCUUCGUGCUAAGUCGCCUGUACCAGAGCCGGAAACUGUCAGGAGAUGUUCUGGCCACUUGGAGGCGGAUUAUCGAAGGCGAGCAGGACGUAGGGCAGGAACUCCGUGAAGGAGAGCAGCGAGUUCGCGAGUAUCUGACCAAGAUCAGCAGCCAGGCUCUUGUCCAAGAAUAUGGUGUGUGGCUUGCAAAUCGCAACCCAAAGCUUGGUGUUCAAGUUUUUACUGAAGACAAGGGACGAGCACCCAAAUUUGAGCCCGCGCAAGCCGUUGCAAUCUUGCGAGAGGAAGCACCUGAUGCAGUAAAGUACUACCUCGAGCACUUGGUCUUUGGUAAAGGCCAUACCACCUAUAUCAACGAUCUGAUGGCGUACUACCUUGACGUGGUCGUUUACGAUUUAGAGUCAUCUGAUGAGAGCCAAACUUUGGUCAGAGCGACAUAUGAGGCAUACCGCGCUUUGCAGCCUCCUAAGCCUGCAUACAGCCACUUCCUUCGGGACAACGCCCCAGACGACAACGAGGUCUGGCACAGCCGUUUGAGGCUACUCCAACUCUUGGGCGAAGCCAAUGAUUAUGAUGCAGCAGCAGUAAGAGAUCGAAUCUCUAAACUGCCUGAUGAUCUUUUGGUGCCCGAGACCAUCAUACUUGCUGGCCGAGAAUGCAAACACGACGAUGCCCUACGCCUUCUGGUCCACAACUUGGGCGACUAUGAUACCGCAGUUUCAUAUUGUCUACGAGGUGGCGCAAGCACAACUGGCGCUGCUCCAUCUCAACGACCAUCUUUUGAGGAACAACGCCGCCUUUUUAACGUUGUUCUCCAUGAGUUGCUCACUCUUGAAAACAUCAGCGAUCGUGUCGAGCAGACAGGAGCGCUCCUGGAGCGAUUUGGCGGCUGGUUCGAGAUUGACGACGUACUCAGUCUUAUCCCUGAUGACUGGUCUGUCGACAUUAUCGCAGGCUUCUUAGUUGGAGCACUUAAGCGUCUUGUGGGAGAGCGGCACGAAGCGAUGCUGACCCGCGCCCUGAGCGGAGCGCAAAACUUGCGCGUAAGCUACGAUCGCGUUGCCAAGAUUGAUGAGAAGGGACCGAGCAUUGAAGCUUCGAAUUAAUAUGUCCCCAGCCAAGUAAGCUGGGCUGUUUCAUUUUAUAAAGAGGGGGAUCCAUAGCAAGCGUAUGUACAGAGAAUAUAUACAUCAUAAUUCAGGGGCAUUGCCUAUCUAUCCUUGAUAUCGUGAUCAUAUGCAUCUAACACAUUUGUAUCUUCGUACAGUUUAAGCUUUUCCUCACUUCGCAUGAUUUGUCUACCACUCUAACCAGUCACCCUCCAACUGUUGUUUUUACAACCGGAGAGCGUCCAUCUUACUCCGUAUCCGCCCCUCACGAAGUCGUCGCUCCGCCUCAUUCUGCGGGCGGUAGUCGAGUCGUCUCAGGGAGGAGAGCCAAUCAAUGAAGUAGAGAAGACGCAACUAGAAGAAUUGUCUUACUCCGCCAUGAUGAGCUCAAGUGGUUCCCGGAGCCCGAGCGUGAGGUGGUCAUGGUAUUUAAAGCCUCUUCUUUUCCUUCUUGCUCAGUGAAUUUGCCGGGCUUCUCGACGUCUCAUAUAAGCCUCAUGAUAUCGAAAUCCACUUCAGCGAAGCGACAACGAGCCAUCUCUUGCGCACCGUAAUGUCGUCCUCACGCUCAAUAUCCCAUGCUCUCUCUUCGCCGUUACAAUCUCUCUCCCAGAUCCUUUCAACCUCGAGUCCGACCUUCUGAAGCGCCGCUGCAUCAUAAAAUCCGCUCAUCUUUGUUCGGCCAGUAUGGAAACCAGCGACAACCCAACACCGGGCCUCGGGGGUUUGCUUGAGGAAGUGGGCGAUGGAGCGGUGCAGGUUUUCGUGCUGCCAGGGCAUCCAGAGACAAUCGGCGGCGAUGACACGGUCGAAUGAGUGAGCAGCUGAUGCGCUCAAAGGAUCUUCGAGCUCACCCCAGGAAUGGCCUUGGACGGAGACUUCGGAAAAGGGGGUUGUCUCGGCACCGGCGGGUGAUAGAGAGGGCUGGAUGUUGCGAGCGACGUUCGUGCUAAGGGUUUUGAGGACGGGCUCAGCUGGAUAGUCUGUGACAACGACACGCUUUGCGCCUAGCAGGCCACCCAUGAUACUCGGCAACGCGGUUCCGGCUCCGAGCUCAAGAGUCUCAAGUCCCUUCACGCUGAAUGAAAUGAUGUCCUGUGCCUCACGAGGCUUCUCAAGAGGAAUGCUGAGAGAGUCGGCCUCGAUGAACUCGGCGAGCAGAAGUGAAGCGUUCCAGAGGUAAUGUGAGAAUAGCUUGCGGUCAUCCUCCUUCACAGGGUCGGCGAGGUCGAUAAUAAGAGGCUUGGGGAGAUGGGGUGAGGCAUAUGAGAGGUUGUGUUCCGCAUCGCCGUGUUGAUUUGUGAUAUCGUCGGGGAAGAUGACGCCCAAGGAAGUUGAAAGAUAGUCUUCUGGACUAUCGGCCUCCCCGUUAACGGAGAUACGCCAGGUAAGAGACAUGACCUUAUUAAAAUAGAUCCCCUCGAAUGUAAUAUCAAUGUGAAGAUUUUCGUAAUUGGUGUAGAUGCCCAACCAGCUCCGAUGAUCUGACUCGAUCUCACUCAGACAGUUCUCCGAUAUGGCGUAUUAUAUGACAGAUAUCGAAUAGCUCAGACAGAUGCAAAAUAAUAAUAUGGCUAUGGGAAUGUACAGAUGAAGAUCUGUCGGAAUAAGGAUGAUGAGAGUAAACUUAGGUAGGCGUGAA